UGGAUUCUUGGUUGGAUUCUGUCCAUUCUGACGAUAGCUGGAAAUGGUUUCACCGUACUUUUUGUGGGCAGUCGGCGUCGGCUUCGCACCAAAACCAACGCGCUCAUCGUUUCACUUGCAGUGGCGGAUUUCUGUGUUGGGGCGUUCGCUGUUCCUUCACUGUUCGUCUGUGACAUCAGAGGUGGCUGCAUUUGGCCUCAACCCUAUGCGUCCUGGGUGGAUUUUAUAAGGUGGCUCUUUGAGUACGCCUCUACGAUGAACCUGUGUAGCUUGGCACUAGAUCGGUAUAUGGCUGUUGUGAAGCCACUGAAAUACGUCAACUUUAUGACCACGCGACGUGUCACCCAAGUAACAUUUUUCUCUUGGCUUAAUCGCUCUUGGUUUUAUGAUUUUUUCUGUUACAAUGGUUUUAAAUCUAACGUUUCCUUCACAAGUCAUAUAAUGGUUUUAAGCGUAUGUUCUACAGUCCUUGAGAUUUUUUUCAGCUGCAUGUUAAUUUACUGUUUCAUUUCCAUGGUAACAGUUGUAUACAGACAAACUCGAUCAUCAGCCAUCUUGGCAAAACAGCUACGUUUUAAC